AGGCUUUUCCUCUCAGAAAUAAUCUAGAGAGAAGGUACCGGCUACCAUGAGGUACAACGUGAGGGAAUUGUUGUGUCUGUCCAAGCAACCGGCCGAGAAGGCGGCUGAGCUCACCAUGAGGGGCCCGAAGCGUGGCGACGUUGCAAAAUGCCGACUGGUGAAGCUAGUUGUCAACUUCCUUUUUUACUUCAGAAUUGAUGAGGAGGAGCCUGUCGGUGCCUUGUUACUUGAGCAGUGCAGAAUCCAAAAAGAAGAUGACACUAGCUUCUCACUAGUAUUUGUGGAUGAGCCAGAAAGAAAAUAUUCAUUUACGUGUGAAACUAAAGAUGAAUGUGAGGAGUGGAUUGAAGCUUUGACAAAAGCUAGCUAUGAGUAUAUGCGGCAAAGUUUAAUAUUUUACCGGAAUGAAAUUCAAAAAAUAACUGGAAAAGAUCCACUGGAACAGUAUGGAAUUUCAGAAGAAAUAAGAUUUCAAACCAGAUCAUAGAAACUGUUGAAAAGAUUCUGCUGGACCUGCUACUUUGACCAACUUUAUCAGGGUUUUCCUCUUCCCGACGUUCCUAGGUUAUUUUUAGAAGUGAACUCGUGCAUGUAAGGAUGGGGUGGUGUAAAGAAAGGGUUGGUGUCUGAGUGAUUAUAAUAGUCAUUCACUGUAAAUGCUUUGAAUUGAGUAUAUUUAUAUUUUGUUCUAGCUUUUUUGUGAUGUUUGCAUGUAGAUACUUUGGGAUUUCCUGGAUGUAGCUUGCAGUAUCCAAUAGACUGUAACUGUGAACUUCAAGUAUUUCUGUUGGUUGGAAUAAAGCAUUGAUGAUUGAGCUAUUA